AUGACACCCUCCCUUGUGCUCCCCCUCUCAAACUCCAGCUCCAUAGGGUGUGUGGUACAGGAGAAGAGGCGGAGCGUUAUGUUUAGACCGGUAAUGCCUGGCAGACACCCCAGCUGCACUCUACACAGUUCACUACACAGCAGCAGAAGCAGGAGGGAGAGACUGGGCACUCCAGAGGUCCUUCAGCACAGCAGGAAGUGGUGUUUCACCAUGGAUCUGUCCUCGGGCAAAGAGGCCCAGGCUCUCCUAGAAGACAUGCUGGAGAUCACAGCCCAGAGUUUGGUGCACAUGGAAGUGGCUGAGCAUUACCAUAUCAUCAAGGAGCUGGGCAAGGGGAAAUAUGGGCAGGUGGUACUGGUGACUCACAGGCAGAGAGGGACCCCUAUGGCACUCAAGUUGCUGCCCAAGGCGAGCACGAAGCUGCAGAAUUUCUUAUAUGAAUACUGUGUGGCCCUCUCACUCUCUACGCACCCUGCCAUCAUUGGAAUGUUUGGUAUUGCCAUAGAGUCUAGCCAGCACUAUGGCUUUCUCUAUGAGGCAGCCCUGCACAGGGACCUCAUCUCCAUUAUCAAGCCCAAGGCUGGCGUCCCGGAGCCGGCGGCCAAGCUCUGUGCCAAGCAACUGGUGAGUGCACUGGACUUCAUCCAUAGCCGGGGCCUUGUGUAUCGAGACGUUAAGCCUGAGAACAUCCUAAUUUUUGACCGCCAUUGCCACUGCAUCAAACUGACUGAUUUUGGCCUGACGCGACCCCAAGGCACCCUGCUGCGUUUAGUGGCUGGGAUCAUCCCUUACACUGCACCUGAGCUAAGCCGUGGCACUGGUGACUCCCCAGGCCUACCCAUUGACUCUAGCCUGGAUGCCUGGGCCCUUGGGGUAUUGAUCUUCUGUCUGCUCACCGGCUAUUUCCCUUGGGAGAAGACAUUGCCUGAGGAUUCCUUCUUUGAUGACUUUCUGAUAUGGCAAGAGUCAGGCCUAGAUGAAGACCUGCCAUAUCACUGGCGCCCACUGUCACAUGAUGUCAUUGCCAUGUUAAGGAGCCUCCUGGCUCUGGAGCCCACAAAGCGCAGUCCUGUCCGCCAGGUCCUCAGUUAUCUUGACCGGCCAUGGCGAGCAGUGGUGGUGGCCAAAGACCCCUAGUACCACAAAUGAAUUUUAUGAGGCUAGGGGUCAUAAAGCACUAAGUAGUUCUUCCUAAUACAAAAUUGCUUGCAGAAAUUCAAAUUGGAUGUAUCUUCAAUUAGGUUAUUUUACAUUUGCCAACACACAUGAUGUUAGUGAUUUAGAUUUUGGAAGGAGAAAAAGGGUGCUUUUGGGAAGAUUAUUGCUUUACUUUUUUUAAAAAAAAUAACAAGACAAGAUUUCCUUUUUUAAAUUGUCCCUUUAAAAAAUUAAAUCUAAAUUUUUAAGUUUGAAAUUUUUGAUUAAAAUUGGAUUAAAAAAUUGAAAAUAUGCCAGAUUUUGAAUUUUUGCAAAAUGUUAUUUCAGGUCUAUGAGACAGGACCAUGGUCUCUAGCCCUUCCAUAAUGACCUCAGAUCCUUAGUCUGCAUCUUCUGUGUACCAGCCAUAAAGGCCUGAUAGUGGAGAACCGAGAUGUCUAAUGGCAAUGUGCCAAAAUGCAUUGAUGUCUUAUGGCAUUUCUUUAUCUAAAGAACUGAUUUCAAAUUUUUAAUGAGAAGGUUUUCUAGAUUUUUUUAGGGGGGAGGACAGAUUGGAUUGAACUUCCAUACAUUUACAGUAUCUGAAAUUAUCUGAAACUUGCUUUUUAAAGACAUUUAACAUGUUGAACUUACAGAGUACAGUCAUACAUAUACCUUUACCAAACAUAUGUGGUAUACUUCUUUUCAUUAUCUGUACAGUUUUCAUGAUCCGAACUGAGACAGAAGUAAGUAACUUUCUUCUUAGUAUAGUGUUUAGUAGCAAAGAUUAUAGGCUCUGAGCCAGGUUGAAAUCUCACCUGAGUCCACUGGGUAUCCUUAAGAAAGUUCUUAGUGUCUCAGCCUGUGUAGGAUUAUAAUACUAACCUAUCUUGUUGGGCUGUUGUAGGAAUUGUUGAAAUAUUGGAUCUGGCUGACUUAGUUGCACUCAGCUCACAUUGAAAUUAAUGUGAAAAAUUAGUCAUGAUUUAACUUAAGUCUUGUUUUCAGUGGGAUCUAAGUGCAACUAGCAUAGUUUGCAUCCAACACAAUGCAAGCAAAGUUCUUUGAACAUUUGAAGGCUGUAAUGUAAAUUCUAAUGGGGAUGAUUGAGUUCUCUGCUGCCUUGUCCUUUCUGCUUCCAUGUGCAGGACUCCCCUAAUUAUUCUUGUUGGUAGCCCUCCUGAUCAUGGAGAACUGUGCCUGUAGACGGGCUGGAUUGAGCCUGAGUAUCUUUGUUACUACAGAUAAGGCCUAGAACUCAAGUAGAUUCGUGAUUUUACCACAUUAAAAAAAAACCCCAGUGAUUUUCUUCUACCUUUAUUUUCGCAGUGAACAUUUCUUUUGAAAUGGCCCCUCAAUAAUACAUUAUAGACACCCCCCCAACUCAACUGCUAUAAGGAGUGAUCUUCAGUUUUCAGAAGAUGGCAUCUGUCAGUGUUUCCAAAAGAAAUAAAUGCUCACCAUUCCAAAAUGCUAAGUUGAGUCACCAAGUCAUGACUUUGUGGUCGCCUCAUCUCAAAAAGGAUAUUAUAGAGUUGGAAAAAGUUCAGAAGAGGGCAACCAGAAUGACCAAGGGGAUGGAGUGACUCCCUUACGAGGAAAGGUUGCAGCAUUUGGGGCUUUUUAGUUUGGAGAAAAGGUGGGUCAGAGGAGACAUGAUAGAAGUGUAUAAAAUUAUGCAUGGCAUUGAGAAAGUGGAUAUAGAAAAGUUUUUCUCCCUUUCUCAUAAUACUAGAACUUGUGGACAUUCAAAGAAGCUGAAUGUUGGAAGAUUCAGGACAGACAAAAGGAAGUACUUCUUUACUCAGCGCGUAGUUAAACUAUGGAAUUUGCUCCCACAAGAUGCAGUAAUGGCCACCAGCUUGGAUGGCUUUAAAAGAAGAUUAGACAAAUUCAUGGAGGACAGGGCUAUCAAUGGCUACUAGCCAUGAUGGCUGUGCUCUGCCACCCUAGUCAGAGGCACUAUGUUUCUGAAAACCAGUUGUCAGAAGCCUCAGGAGGCGAGAGUGUUCUGGCACUCAGGUCCUGCUUGGGGGCUUCCCCCAGGCACCUGGUUGGCCACUGUGAGAACAGGAUGCUGGACUAGAUGGGCCACUGGCCUGAUCCAGCAGGUUCUUAUGUUCUUAUAACUCUAGCUAGAGUGGUCAGGUUUCAAGCACUAACCUGAAACUUCAGGGUUUUAACCCCUUUUCUUAGGAUCUCCAGGGAGUAGGGAGUAAUAUCUCAGGGUGAGGUGCUAGAACCUAGAGUGCAAAGCAUUUUCUGCUACAACUGAGAGUUUUCACUGUUCACUCGAAACAUAUCCAGGUCCAUCAUGCUCCUCCCUUUACAUAAACAUCAUCCUCCCUCCACCAGCUAGUACCAUACAUACCCCAACUGACUCCACCUCAUACCACCUUUCAGCUCUUAGGCUCUGCCCCUAAGUUCUGAGCUUCAGGAGACCUGGCAACUUUAUCACAUCAACAUGAAAAUGAGCCUUAGGCUGUUUGUGCACUGCACUGUGGUGCUUCCAUCUAGACUGUUGCUAUAUUCAGGUGUGAAUCAAUCACAUGUCAGCAAGUUCAGAUGAUGGGGUUAUAGCUGAUUAGGAGGCUUCCCCAAAAGAUCACACUUUUUGCAGUUAGGAAAGUGACAAGAAAAUGCACUGGAAAGUGUGGAACAACGCUUGCUUGAUGCAACAACAUCUAAUCUCCCUGCAAACAAAUCAGGGUGAAACUUCAACAAAGAAAUGAUGUGGAAGAUCCCUGUGAGUAUAGUAUAGAUUGUUCUUGAUAUGGAAGAUGUAUAUAUAAAUAUAUAAACCCAGAAACAAAAGUAGUUGAACACACCUUUCUCAAGAUGUUGAUUAUGCUGCCCCCAUCUCCACACCCCUUUUAAGAUUUGUUAGAAGUUAUUAUUUCCUCCCCCAGUAAAUACUCAUAGUAACUUGUGCAGUCUGCACCUAAAGCAGUGUACUGUCUUGAUUAGUGCUGUAUAUAUUUCACACGCCAGUUAGUACCUCAUAAAAGAGGUACUAUCACAAUGUCCCUUACUGGUAUGAAUGACCUUUGGGGAAAUGCUUCACAAUUCCUCUUUCCAUUUUUACAGAGGCAUUUAAAAAGUUCUAAGGCAGAUUAAGAAGGCAUCUACCUAUGUACCUGUUGCUCAGGUACCCUACAUCCACCACCCACUGCCUGCCAACCUUGCACAACAUUAAGUAGACGUCUUUCCUAGCUAUUUUACAGUUACACAGAGAUGUGUUCCCCACUUUGUUCAGAGAGAUCUGCAUUGCCUACCAUAGUUAGUAAAUGGGUUCCAUUUGUGUGCACAUUUUGAGUUUUGGAUAGUGAUUACAUAAAGUGUGCAGACAGGAUGUGUAGAACUUUAAAAUGGACAAUUAGGAUGGAAUCAAAAGGUGGUGAAGCAGAUACAUCUGCACCCGAUUAUGUUCCAGUACUCAACUAAUUUCCUAAAAAUAAUCCAAACAGAAUGCAUUCCUAGAAAUAUCAGCACAUUUCUUUGUUCCAUUUAUUUCUGCGCUAUGAUGACGUACUAUUGUUCUUUCGGAAUAAUCACCAUGUUACACACUCUUCACACAUUACUGUGUCUCCAGCCCAUCUCCCCCCAGUAUACACUUAAAAUAUUUUGCAUACACUUAAUUUUUUUUAUUUCUUCUAAAAUUGCCUGAUGUCAAUGGGACAAAUACAUUUGCAAACACAUUUAUGAUGCAAACAGCAACAGCAGUUAAAUGCAUUUAUUAGGACCAACUAAAAUGCCAAAGUGAACACAAGAAGAGCCUUGCAGGAUCUUGCAGGCCUUUCUAGUCCACUAUCUUCUUUCCCACAAUGGACAACUAGAUGCCAAUGUAAUACAUUAGCAAAGCUGGUGAUUAAUUUCAGAAGGGCACUAGGAAUUUAAGUGUUCAUCUAAAGCGAAUCUCUGCAUUUUUGCCUUAUAAGGAAGCCUGUGUUCCAAUUAGUACUAGAAACAGAUAAGAAUAAUUCCUGGCUUUUAUGGAAGAGUGUUUUAAAAGAGAGCUCUUUCACCCCAGCAUGCCUUGCUACAAUCUGAGAUCUUAUUACAUCAGGCAAGUCUAACAUAAUAAAGUCUGUGUAAUGCCCUCUAGCUACAACCACUAUAGAAUUGGGGUUUUCAUAUUGCCUAGAAACAUCUUCCCUCCUCUUGUUUUAAAUUACUUUGCUUAACAUGCAUGCCGAAGAAGAAUUCUGUUGGACUCAAAAGCUUAUACACUACUUUGUGGCUUUUUCACUAUUCCUAAUAAAGGUAUUAUGCAACUGCUGCUGUUUGAAUUUUUUUGGACUAACAUGACUGCCUACAGGUUAAUUUCUUACAUAGAUACAUUUGU